AUGGUAGACACGCGAGCUAAUGGCUAUACCAAAACCAACAACAAUGUACGAAACCGUCCUAGGCAUCAACAUGAACCCAUCCCCAACAACCUAGGUCAUCAGAUUUUGGAGGAACUAGGGCAAAUAAGGAACAAUCGGCAAAAUGAGAGGACUCGACUCUUUUCUGAGUUUCGAAAGCAGAGACCCCCAAAGUUCACAAGCGUACCGGACCUGAAGAUAGCUGAGAAUUGGCUUCGGCAGAUAGAGAAAAUGCUAGACACCAUGGGCAUCACCGAGGCCGCUGAUAGAAUAGCUUUGGCAGUAUUCGAGCUCGAUGAUGAGGCUGACCAUUGGUGGGAGUUGAUGAAGAACACUCGUGACGUAGCAAGCCUGUCAUGGAACCAGUUCAGGGAACUAUUCUUAAAUAAAUAUUUCCCAAGUACUAUCCGCCGAGAACGAGUCAAGGAAUUCCAGAAUCUGGAACAAGGAAAUAUGACCGUGACCCAGCAUGCUGCAAAAUUCGAAGAGCUAGCCCGCUAUGCAACUAGACUCGUGGCAAAUGAUGAAGAAAAAGCAAGGAUGUUCGAGUGGGGACUGCAUCUUACAAUCAGGGGAAGAGUCCUUCCGCAACGACUCCCCUCAUAUGCCGAGGUGCUGGAAACGGUAUUAGAAUCUGAGAGGGAAGUAAACGACGCCAGGAAAGAUUGGAAUAAGAGAAGAGGAAGUCAGGCAACAAUUGGACCCCAGAGGAACCAGAAGGGAAGCAUGACCUCAAAGCCCUACUCCAGACCACAACCACAACAACAACGACAGCAACCGUAG